AUGGCGUCGCCGGUGCCAUUACUACGUCCACCCAUCCCGGGUCAGGGUCGCCAGCAGCCUGGUAGCAGGGUGCCACGGCUUGGGUUGGCGAUACCUGCGUCACCAGGCCAGCGACCCGUGAACAGCGCGGCAGCACCACCAAUGUCAGAGAACUCCGCACUACCUCCAUUGUCCAUACCUACGAGACAGCAACCGCCGAAACUGUCUUUAGCCACACCCAUGGGCUCGUCACAAACGCCGCAAGAGAAUGCUCAGACAAGGCGGAGAGGACCUCCAUUACAGAUCGCUCCAGGGCUGUCAGCGAGUGGUGGUAGCAGUGAUGAUUCUGCGCAUAGUCGGACAAACAGCUUUGGUGCAAACACAACACAAAAUGGCUCAGUAUCGACAACAUCAUCAUAUUCCGCGCUCAACUUUGUGGAGAUGCUGCGAGGUGACAGGGACCCACAAUCAGCGACUGGAUCGUUAUACAGCAGUAGCUCGGCACAUUCUGGAGGAGAGGGAAUGGUGAGGGAGAACAGCAUGCAGGGUAUGCUACCAGAUCUUGAAAAGCUAUCAUUGGAGAAGGGAAGACCGCUGGAUGUGGAAGAUCUAGACGACGCAGGCUGGAAGGCAGCGAAGAAGGAGGGUCGCAUUGUUGAGAUUGGCAGCUUAGGUGAAGGUGCAGGCGGUGCAGUAACAAGAUGCAUACUCAAAGGAGGGAAGACAGUCUUCGCACUGAAGGUCAUAACCACCGACCCCAACCCCGACGUCAAAAAACAAAUCGUCCGCGAACUCUCCUUCAACAAAUCCUGCGCCUCCGCCCACAUCUGCAAAUACUACGGCGCCUUCAUGGACGACACCUCCGGCACAAUAGGAAUCAGCAUGGAAUUCUGCGAAGGCGGCUCCCUCGACAGCGUCUACCGCGAAGUGAAAAAGCUCGGCGGGCGCACCGGCGAGAAAGUCCUCGGAAAAGUCGCAGAAGGAGUCCUAAACGGACUGACAUACCUCCACGGCCACCGCAUCAUCCACCGCGACAUCAAGCCCUCGAACAUCCUUCUAACGCGGAAAGGGGAGGUGAAAUUAUGUGAUUUUGGCGUGUCCGGGGAGUUUGGCACGAAGGGAGAUGCGAAUACUUUCAUUGGGACGAGUUAUUACAUGGCGCCGGAGAGGAUAACGGGGCAGAGCUAUACCAUCACCAGUGAUGUGUGGAGCCUCGGCGUGACGUUGCUGGAAGUGGCACAACAUCGAUUCCCCUUUCCCGCCGACGGCACGGAAAUGAACCCUCGAGCGGGUCUCAUUGAUUUGCUCACUUAUAUCGUGCGACAACCGAUUCCGAAGCUCAAGGAUGAGCCGGAGAAUGAUUUGACGUGGAGUCCGAAUUUCAAGUACUUCAUUGAGUGCUGUCUCGAAAAAGACGCAAACCGCCGCGCCACACCCUGGCAUAUCCUCAAACACCCUUGGAUGGUGGAGAUGAAGCAGAAACGGAUCGACAUGACGAAAUUCUUGAAGACGGUUUGGGAUUGGCAGGAUGAGGUUGAGGAGCCGCAGGCAUGA